CCGGCCCGGCGCGGCGGCGGCGGCGGCGUUAGCGGCGGCCACGCCAGAGCCCGGGGGCGCCGUGCGCGAGGCCGGCGCGGGGGCCCGGCCGGCGCGCGGGGACGCCGCCUCGGACGCCAUGCCGCUGCUCUUCCUCGAGCGCUUCCCCUGGCCCAGCCUGCGCACCUACACGAGCCUCAGCGGCCUGGCCCUCACGGGCACCGUCAUCAGCGCCUACCGCGCGCUCAACCGGCCCGACGCCGCCGACCCCGAGCCGCUGGCGCCGCCCGAGUCCCCGGAGCCGGCCGCCGGCGCGGGGAACCCGCGGCCCCGCGAUGUGGCCCACUACCUGCUGUCCGACAGCCUGUUCGUCUGGGUUCUAGUAAAUAGUGCUUGCUGUGUUCUGAUGUUGGUGGCUAAACUAAUCCAGUAUAUUGUGUUUGGCCCUCUUCGAGUGAGCGAGAGACAGCACCUCAAAGACAAAUUUUGGAAUUUUAUUUUCUACAAGUUCAUUUUCAUUUUUGGUGUGCUGAAUGUCCAGACAGUGGAAGAGGUGGUCAUGUGGUGCCUGUGGUUUGCUGGACUUGUAUUUCUACAUCUGAUGGUUCAGCUCUGCAAAGAUCGAUUUGAAUAUCUCUCCUUCUCUCCCACCACGCCGAUGAGCAGCCAUGGCCGGGUUCUGUCGCUCCUGGUCGCCAUGCUGCUCUCCUGCUGUGGGCUAGCAGCUGUGUGCUGUGUCACAGGCUACAACCAUGGAAUGCACACAUUGGCUUUCAUGGCCGCAGAGUCUCUUCUUGUGACAGUGAGGACUGCUCAUGUGAUUCUACGAUACGUAAUUCAUCUCUGGGACCUCAACCAUGAAGGAACCUGGGAAGGGAAGGGAACGUAUGUCUAUUACACAGAUUUUGUCAUGGAGCUCACACUCUUGUCCUUGGACCUCAUGCACCAUAUUCAUAUGUUGUUAUUUGGCAACAUCUGGUUGUCUAUGGCAAGCUUGGUCAUCUUCAUGCAGCUGCGUUACCUGUUCCAUGAGGUACAGCGCCGGAUCCGUCGGCACAAGAACUAUUUGCGUGUGGUUGGGAACAUGGAAGCCAGGUUUGCAGUUGCCACUCCAGAGGAGCUUGCGGUCAAUAACGACGACUGCGCCAUCUGCUGGGACUCGAUGCAGGCUGCCAGAAAGCUUCCCUGUGGACAUCUCUUCCACAACUCCUGUCUUCGCUCCUGGUUAGAACAAGACACCUCCUGCCCAACGUGCAGAAUGUCUCUUAACAUCGCUGACAAUAAUCGGGUCCGAGAAGACCACCAAGGAGAGAACCUGGAUGAGAAUUUGGUUCCUGUAGCAGCAGCUGAAGGCAGACCUCGCUUAAACCAACACAAUCACUUCUUCCACUUUGAUGGCUCCCGGAUUGCCAGUUGGCUGCCGAGUUUUUCAGUGGAAGUGAUGCACACCACCAACAUUCUGGGCAUAACACAGGCUAGCAACUCCCAGCUUAACGCCAUGGCUCAUCAGAUUCAAGAGAUGUUUCCCCAAGUUCCCUACCACCUCGUGCUGCAGGACCUACAACUGACACGCUCUGUGGAAAUAACGACAGACAAUAUUCUGGAGGGACGAAUCCAAGUCCCUUUCCCUACACAGAGGCCGGACAGCAUUAGGCCUGCGCUCAACAGUCCCAUGGAAAGGCCCAGUGGUGACCUGGAGGAGGGAGAAACAUCUGCUCAGAGUGAGCGUGUGCCACUGGAUCUCAGCCCUCGGCUCGAGGAGGCCUCGGACUUCAGUGAGAUAGAGGUGGAGCCCAGCGAGGGGGAAGACUUUGAGGCGCGAGGCGGCCGCUUCUCCAAGUCCGCCGAUGAGCGGCAGCGCAUGCUAGUCCAGCGGAAGGAUGACCUGCUGCAGCAAGCUCGGAAGCGCUUCUUGAAUAAAAGUUCUGAAGAUGAUUCAGCAUCCGAGAGUCUGCGGCGCCCUGCAGAAGGCACGACCUCCGACCCCGUGACCCUGCGACGCCGGAUGCUGGCCGCUGCGGCUGAACGGAGACUUCAGAAGCAGCAGGCCUCCUAGCGCUGCCUGGCCUUCCCGGAGGCCUGUGUGCCCCUGCCUGCGGUGGGAAGAGCGGGCUGGACUGCAGACGCUGUAUAAAGCAUGUGGUCUCACUCGCGCUGGGACAGCUGACAAAUUCAAUCCUUUUGUAAUACUUUGUAUGUGACAUUUCUCUUCCCUUAGAAACACUGCACACCUAACUCUAGGCAUGAUCUCUUCUGGCAUUGACCGGACUUCUUAGGGGUGGGGAAAAUCAAGAGGAAGUGGGUCACCACAGACCCCGAAUGACUGUGUGCAAAAGUCACAGCAAAUACUGGGCUCUUGGGGCUGGAGCGAUAGCACAGCGGGUAGGGCAUUUGCCUUGCACGUGGCCGGCCCAGGUUCGAAUCCCAGCAUCCCAUAUGGUCCCCUGAGCAUCCCGAGGAGUAAUUCCUGAGUGAAGAGCCAGGAGUAAUCCCUGUGCAUCGCCGGGUGUGACCCAAAAAGCAAAAAAAAAAAAAAAAAAAAAUGCUGGGCUCUUGCCCUGAUCUGGUAGGAAGGAGGUGGGAGCUGGAUUCACAGAAAGCAGUGCAGAGCUUUACGGCAGGAGCCUGGCGCCCCACCACUGCACAGUUCUGCUCCAGCUGUUCUGCUCCGGAAUCCUUGAGAAUGUCCCGUUCACACUCUCAGGCUCCUGGACCCCUGAGCUGGCAGGGCAUCUCAGGAAAAGAGCACAUGGCUUGGACAUGUGGAGCAGAGGAGGGGAGAGUAGUGUGUGAGGAGGUGAACUAUUGUGCCCUAUCAUAUCAGGGACUCAUUUUCUGAGCCCCCCCCCCAAUCCAAAGCUGGCUUUAUUUCCGUUAACGCUGGUGCUUCUGCCUCUCACAAGUGUCCCCUGUGUGUCUGUCCUCUGUGCAUUUCAUUGCCUCCUCCACUCCUUUGGAUACAAGGAAAGUCAGUGCUUAAAGAGUCAAGCAGCAAGCUUUGGUUUAUGGUUUUAAUUCCUUGGUCAGAUAAAUUAGGCAAUGCCAAAGGCUGUAGGUUUAGUUCUUAGAGAAAAUGUGGGCCUUCCAAGAUGGGAGAGUACCUUUUUGGAGGACAUAAUUGAUGAAAUAAAAGAUACCUUUUGUAUCUUUCUUCCCUGGAGCCCAUCAUUUUCAUGACUUUAUUCCUAUUGGUUUAAUUAAACAUAGAAAGGUAAGCUGUGUACCUGCCUUGGAGCAGAACCAAGUCCCAAACCUUUUCAAAUUCUUCACACAUUUAAGGAUUUGAAACAUGCAAAUCAUAGGCUACAUGGUUUUAAUGUCCUAUUGAAUUUUUUUUUAAAGUUUGAAAGCAUAGUUUGAUGAUAGUCCUUUUGGGAAGAACCAGUAUUAUCUAAAAUUAUUGGCAAAGUUAAAUGUAUUUUGCAUAACACAAGUUUUUAGAUUGUUGAAAUUAAUUGAAAAAAAAAGUGGAGUAAAUAUUUAGGAUGAGGUAAUUUAUUUCAAUAAAUCUUUCAAAAGCCUUACCUAGA